AUGGACCAGUCCUCGUCCAUUCCGCGCCCGUCUGGGAUCCCACGGCCGGCACCGGCUUCGCGACUCCCUGUACUCAGGCCGUCCAACAGCCAUUCCCAGCUGCGCGCGCCCGCCUCGACAGAGCAAUUGCGCAAGAAGCCGUCGCUGUCGUCUAUCUCGCGCCCGACCACGUCGACGCUGCAGAAGAAGACGUCGAGAGCAUCCCUUGCUUACUCCAGCAACCCCCUGACGGCCUCGAGCCCUGUACCUGACAAUACAGCCUCCAAACGCUCAUCCAUCGCGCCCUCGUCGAACCGCAGGGCGAGCGGCAUUCCCAACUUCGGCUCAAGGCGGACCUCGACCGCCGCCUCAAGUACCAGCGAUGCGCCCGUCUUCAAGCGGCCAUUUGCCCGUCCACCGUCACGUCAGACGAAUGCAUCGCGCUCAUCCUCGAUCGCUCCUGCCAAAGAGGAUGAUACACUGGGAAGCCUAGAGGGCUUUAGGUCAGCCUCGAGGGCAUCCUCGCGGGCAAGUUCGAGAGCCGGAUUUCGCGACAACGAGCCAGAACCGGAACAUGCGGACUCAGCUAUCGACGAUCUGUCCAGUCCAAUCAGUCCUGUGAAGCCGGAGAAGAGGAAGGGCCGCCCAUCGCUCUCAGAACGGACGGCAGAGACUCUGUCCAACCUGCCAUCCUCGCCAGCACCCGGCAAAGGAAGACGUAGAUCGAGCUUCUUCAAUGCCGACAACAGCAUGGCCCCUCCGGUGCGACCCGGAUCCGCCAUGUCGAACAGCAACGGCAGCAGGCCAUCUACAAGUGACGGUGCCCCGCACCCGAUACCAGCUACACCCAAGCGCUUUGGUGCUCCCUCCAACAGACUGUCUAUGACUGCACCUGGAAAGAGAAGCGUUAGUGCAAAUGUUAGCACACCCGCUGCAACACCAAGCAGGCGUACUUCGAUGCUACAGCCUGUGUUGACUAUCAAGAAGCAGCCAUUGGCUCCGGCGCAGAACCUACAAAACACACCUAAACCACGCCCGCUGACGAAUAGCAAGAGUCUCACGGGCAUGCGAACACCCCGAUCUCGGCCGUCCCUGAACAACGUCUUCGGUCAAGCAAUAUCGCCGCCCGGCACUGCUACAUCCUCACCAGCCCGGGAUACUCCGGUCAAGAAAACACCUGAUACCGUCCGAAAGGUUCCAAGCUCUUCCACUGCCCUGCGCGAUCAGAUCGCGAAAGCGAGAGCUGCAAAGAAGGCAGACGUCGAAGAAGCACCAGCUGAGGCUCCGCCGAAACCCGCCAGCUCGUCCAAUGCCCUGAGAGAGCAGAUUGCAAAGGCUAGGGCAGCUGCGAAGCAGGCAAAGGCUGAGCCGGCGAGGAACAGCACUCCACCCACCGAUGUUAUCGUGCCCGAUCCUGCCGAGAUUGCGACCUUUGACUUUGGUCUCGAUGACGAUCCCUUCAACCAGCGCCCCAAGGGUGGCAAGUCUGUGCUGCGCAGACGGAUCGAUACCGCCCGAUCAGAUGGCCGCCUCAACAUCGCUGCGAUGGGACUGAAGGAGAUUCCUGACGACGUACUUUCCAUGUACAUUUACGACCCCAACGAUACCAAGGUGGCCUGGGGCGAGGUAGUAGACCUGUCCACUAUCCUGGCUGCAGACAACGAGCUUGAGAUUCUUCCCGACAGCAUGUUCCCUGAUGUAUCAGUUGAAGACAUGAUUGAUUCGGAUGAGGCUGGACCUCAAUUUGGAGGUGUACAGAGCAUCGACUUCCACGGUAACAUGCUGCGAGAGUUGCCCGUAGGCCUGAGACGACUUACGCAGCUCUCGAAGCUGAACCUUUCACGGAACAAGUUGCCUAUGGAGAUGUUGGACGUCAUCGCUCAGAUUCCCACCUUGAGGGAGUUGAAGCUGGCAGAAAACGAUCUCAACGGAGAUCUCUCAUCAGCGAUAUGCGAUCUCACAGCAUUAGAGGUCCUCGAGCUGCAAUCGAACAAGUUGACAAGCAUACCGGCAGACAUGCAGCGUUUGACGCAGUUGCGGACACUUAAUGUGUCGGACAACCAGCUCCGAUCCCUUCCUAGCGAAGUCUUUUCUGCAACCCUUGUCGAGCUUCAAGCGUCGAAGAACCGUCUGGAGGGUACACUUCUCAGCCUGAGCUCAGUACCUCAUCUACAGGAACUCAACGUCGCACAAAACUCUCUCACGUCUCUGUGCGAUGGCGAUGUGGUUGAAUUGCCUGCUCUCAAGACGCUCAAUGUCUCCACGAACAGACUUACGUCGUUCCCUGAAGUAUCGACCUGGAUCAGUAUGACGACGCUGCUAGUCGGCGAGAACAAACUCUCAACCUUACCAGAGGGUUUCGUGACGCUUCAACAACUACGUACUGCAGACUUCACGGGCAACGACAUCACUCAGCUUGAUGAAAAGAUUGCCUUGAUGGAACAUCUCGAACACCUCACUGUUGCAGCUAACCCGUUGCGCGAUCGUAAAUUUCUUACUAUGGGCACCGAUGAUAUCAAGCGCGAUCUGGCAUCGCGACUACCAGCGGACGUCUCAGCCGACGUGGAUGACGAAUUCGAGAAUGGUGUCACAGAAGAGGCUCAGCCGAAGUGGCAACUUACACCCUCAGGCACACUAGACCUCGCGGACAAGAGCAUGUCUGAACUCGAGUUGGAUGAAGUCACCAUGGAGGUCAUGGUCAACGGACUGCGUCAAUUGCAUCUGCAGCGCAACAAGUUCGAGAUCAUACCGUCUAUAGCAGCGCAGUUCGAACACUUGACAUUACUCGAUCUGUCUAGGAACAGCAUUGAAGUACCUCUGUCAGCGCCCAUCGAACUUCCUCAGCUACGCGAUCUCCGUCUCGCCAGUAACAAGAUCAACUCUCUCACGCAUCUGACAACAUACCUCACGGCGCCUCUCCUCGUGACGCUGGACGUUUCGAUCAACCGUCUCGCCGGUGCCCUUCCAACGCUCCAUGUAGCCUUCCCCGCGCUCACCACCCUCCUCGCAUCCGACAACAGGAUCUCCGAGGUCUCGCCUGAAAGCUUGCAUAACCUUAGGAUUGUAAACCUGGGCAACAACGACAUUGAGCGUCUAGAACCGCGAAUUGGAUUGCUGCAAGGCACCCUGACAGGCUUUGAAGUGGAAGGCAACAAGUUCAGGGUACCUAAUCGACAGGUGCUGCAGAAGGGCACUGACGCUGUUCUUACCUGGCUCAGAGACAAGAUUCCCAGGGAGAGUUGGACGAGUGCGCAGAGUUCUAACACUGAGUUCUUCGAUGCUGAUGAUGGUGGUUUUUGA